AUGGCUUUCCAUGAGACGGAACGGCGGCGCCAAGGCGGGCUGCGGCGCUGGCGGACUGUAUCCCUUUACGGCCAGGCCGACCGCGAAAUAGAGGCCUACGCUACGAGCCUGAGCGUGCAGAUAGGGCUAAUGUGGAAAAGCUACCUCACGAAUCUUGGGUUUAAGCUGGUCUCCGGCAUAACAGUCAAUUUCGGCCACUUCGCUGCUACAGCUCUCGUGGUCCUCCAUGGCCUUCAGACUAGCAGUACUAUAGGAUCUGUGGUAGCCUUUAGUGGCUAUUGGAACCUCUUGCAGGAUCCACUGUUAUUCUUUACAAAGGUCUCUGGGCGCGUCAUUAAAGACCUUUAUGCCGCCGACCGACUUCGUCGAGUCCUGGAGAUCAAGCCUACUAUGACAUACGGGACCGAGCACCUACGCUUGACCGGAGGCCGCGUCGAGUUCAAGAAUGUCACGGUCAGGUUCGCCUGUGGCGGCGGCGAGACUUUUAGGGAGCUCAAUCUUGCACUUACUACACGGCUUUACGAUCCUACAGAGGGCGUUGUUACGAUUGACGGCCAGGAUAUUAGGAAACUGAAAAAGGCCGAGCUGCCGAAACAUAUCGCCGUCAUGGCGCAGAGCCCGCAUCUGUUUAACAAUACUAUCAUGUACAACAUCCGGUACGGCCGGCCCGACGCCACGGAAUCGGAGGUGCACGAUGCGGCGAAAAAGGUCGGAAUUCACGCCCGCAUUAUGAGCCUGCCCGAACAGUACGACACGGUGGUGGGUGAGGGAGGGGGCUUCUUCUCCGGCGGAGAGACACAGCGGCUUGCGCUGGCACGCGUGCUUAUUCAAAGGGCAGACAUUCUGAUAUUUGACGAGGCCACAAGCGCCCUAGAUGCGGACACUGAAGCUCAUAUCAAGGAGAGCAUUAACACCCUUUGUGCGGGGCACCGUGAUUUGCGCCCAGGUAUGCUACCUCAUUACACUGAUAGUAGCGCUUGUGCUGCAGCCCCAUGCGGGAAAAUGGUCACGCUGGGGACUGUGGACGGCAGUAAAAAGCUUCGCAGUUUGUUAUCAUCCAGUGCACAACACUUGGCUUCAGAUCAACUGUCGAGAUCCGAGGGAACGAAGUAUCAGCAUUGCGUGAGUUUUGUUCAUGGGGCCUCGCAUUGGUCAAAGCUAAUGAAGGACUAUGCUCCUAAUUUAUGGGUAAUGUUCGCAAAUAGCGGCAUGAUGGUUGGGACACAAUAUUUUCAGGGAGAAGACAAGCCAUUCUACCAGAAUGGCUUGCGCAUCAUGAUAGUCAUGGCUUCUGUCGGGAUAUUUGGCACGUUGAUGCAGCUCAUCGUCUACAUUGUCCACAAUCGACGCGUCGCUCAAGGCAAGACUCAGUCUCGGGAUGGGUCCCCCCAUUUUCUGCAUAUCCCUUAA